AUGCAAGAGCUUGAAGACUGCGUUGACCAGUGUUGCGUUGGCGUAUGUGAUGUGGGUGGGCGGAAGGUUGAGCAUUUGUUGAGUAAUAUUGAGGGGCUUUGGGUUGAUUUGUCGGAUGAGGAUCUGAAGGAGAUUGAAGCGGCUUAUGAGUUUGAUAUUGGGUUCCCGAUGAACUUUUUGCUCUGGGGGGAUGUGGUUAAGGAGGCACAUCCUGUGAAUUCGUUUUUGAAUACUGGGGGUAAGUUUGAUUAUCCUGAUUUGCUGCGUGGGCCUAGGCCGAAGAUGAUGGAUGCUUGA